AUGUUGUUGCUCGCCAACAAGCGCGUGGGAGCCGAAGACCUAUAUGAGGGCUACCCGGGCGACGAUCGCGACGUGCAGGAUCCUCAGGUCGCACUCAAGGUCACACAGGAUGUGCGGGAGGUUGAGAUCAAGCUGUUCAAGGAGGGAAAUGCAGAGGAGGCUCUCCAGAAGUACCUCCAAUCGGUGCACUAUCUUGAUGUGCUCUCGGUCACGCCGGACGGCUUGGGGCCUGAGCUCAAGGCAUCGUUCAACACGCUCCUGACACCGCUCCUGCUCAACUCGGCUCUGGCUGCCCUGCACGCCCAACUACCGUCAGCCUCAAAUGCCCAUGUUGCCGUUGACAGCACGACGCAUGCACUGAAAAUUCAGUUGAGCAACGCUGACAAAGCCAAAGCACUCUACCGCCGCGGCCUCGCACACUCGUCGCUCGAGGAGGAUGAGACGGCAAGGGAUGAGUCGCGAGGUUUCAGAAGGAGCUAG